AUGGAUGGGAGGCCGACCUACUAUGUAUGGCCUUAGGUAAGCCGGCCCUUGACAUACCUAGGUGGUAUGUGCGUGCAGUGGGCGGGCCGUCUCUGCGCCGCCUUCGGCUGACAACAGGUGCAACGAUCUCGGUUUAUUGAGGAAUUGCCCACCUAGGUAGGUAUGACAUCCAGUCUAGGCCCGCCUACGUGCCAUACACAACACAACAUAAGCACCACCACCAGAGAGAGCUUCGCGCAUCUGAUAGAUAAAAUUUUACACGCCUGUCGCUCGUAGCUACGUCGAGCGGCCAUGUCGUUGUCCCAGCUCCAUACGCUAUUACCUUUACCUGACGCCGAGUUGAAGCAAGUCUGGGACUAUGCAGCCACGUUGUCCAAGUCAGAGGCUGCCGAGCACUUUCGCAACCUGCUCGGCGACUCGCCUCAGGCCAUCGACUUCAUAGCCUCGUUUAAUUCUAGGAGGAAAGACCCAAAGGCUCAGCCAGAAGCGUCGGGAACGCCCUGGUCGAACACCGGACCAGCACCCAAACCGAUGAAAGGAUCGAAGAAGGCGAGACCCCAACUCCAUACGCCGGCCCCACGCCAAGUCACCAACUCUGGCCCUGCACCCGGUGCAGCAUACAACAAAGAUGUCGCGGCCGAUUACAUCGCUCGCCGUCCCAGCCCUGUCGCGACGUCGAGCGCAUCUGGGACUGCUGGAGGUAGAUCAACGCCCCAGAAAUCGGCGACGCCUCCGCCGGCGAAACUCCCUCCUUCCGCUGCAGGCCAUCUGAUAUCAGAUAUCCGCGCGCAGAAGCCAAAGUCCACACCAACCUCGCGCUCUUCGACUCCGACUCCCAAAGCUAAGGCCUACGUCGCCGGUGGCACUGCCAUGCGCGGGGCGUCUACGGCGCUGUCAGACCUAGACGACGCCAUUCGCGUCCUCGAGACGACCAUGUACAGUGCUCAAGCGACGGACGACGCCGCCAGGCGAUGCAACUGCGUUGGUGCGAGACACCCUCUCCUCGCUGCCGCGCCCAAUUGCCUACACUGCGGCAAGGUGAUAUGCGUGAAGGAGGGACUCGGCCCCUGUACUUUCUGCGGAACUCCCCUUCUGAGCUCGUCAGAAAGGGAGCUAAUGAUUCGCGAGCUUCGCGCCGAGCGGGGAUUAGAGAAGUCGGCAGCCGACCGCGAGGCUAACAAGCGGGCGGAGGUAUCGAAGACGCCUGCCCCUUUCUCGAAGCCCCGAGAAGUCACGGGUAGCCCCAGCGAGGCGCAGGCCAAGGCUCUGCAGCACAGAGACCGUCUCUUGGGCUUCCAGGCUCAGAAUGCGCAGCGAACAACGGUUAGGGACGAAGCGACCGACUUCGACGCCAGCGGCGCGAUGACCGGGUUGGGGGGCAAUAUGUGGGCCACCCCUCAAGAGAGGGCUCGCGAAUUAAAACGCCAGCAGAAGAUCUUGAGGGAGAUGGAAUGGAACGCUCGGCCGGACUACGAGAAGCGGCGACAAGUGGUCAGCAUCGAUCUUGUUGGCGGCAAGGUCGUCAGGAAGAUGGCGGCUGUCGAGCGGCCGAAAAGCCCCGACGACAGCGACCAGCAGGCCAGCGCGGCCCUGGCAGAGACCAGGGUCGGUCACGGGGACGGCGGGGGCGGGGCAUUCAGCAAGAACCCCUUGCUUGGUGCGCUGAUCAAGCCGGUGUUUGACGCGAAGGGCAAAGGGGCGCAAUUGGAUGGCCGCAAGGCCGGAACGACGCGUUGGAGGCGAGCGCAGGACGAUCUUGACGACAACGAAGCCGUCAUCCUCGACGGCGGCGCCUACGGUGGGAGGCUAAGCCAGGGGACUGCCGACGCCGCGGCCGACGAGCCUGUCUGCGGAUGAGGGGACUUGAACGGAUGCGAAGCACUUCACACGCUCGGACUCCCCAGACAGAAGAAAGAAGGCUCUAUCCAACCUGCGUAGUACUACGGAUCGCGAACCUCCCUCUCGACAUACCCCACGCACGUGUCAUCUCUGGAUAGACGUCGAAUGCAAGACGCUACGCGAUCGGGCAUAUACUCGUCGCAAACGCACACACAGUUGUUGAUA